AUGACAUCAUGUAUCAUAUUGUGAAAAACUGCUAUAGUGAGCCAAAAGGGCCAUAAGGCAACAGCAAACAGGGAAAAAACCAACUGCUCCAAAAGAAUGUGUUUUUCUCCCAUUCUGGAAAUCAACAUGCAGUCUGAAUCUAACAUUACAGUGCGAGAUGACAUUGAUGACAUCAACACCAAUAUGUACCAACCACUAUCAUAUCCAUUAAGCUUUCAAGUGUCUCUCACCGGAUUUCUUAUGUUAGAAAUUGUGUUGGGACUUGGCAGCAACCUCACCGUGUUGGUACUUUACUGCAUGAAAUCCAACUUAAUCAACUCUGUCAGUAACAUUAUUACGAUGAAUCUUCAUGUACUUGAUGUAAUCAUUUGUGUGGGAUGUAUUCCUCUAACUAUAGUUAUCCUUCUGCUUUCACUGGAGAGUAACACUGCUCUCAUCUGCUGUUUCCAUGAGGCCUGUGUAUCUUUUACAAGUGUCUCAACAGCAAUCAACGUUUUUGCUAUCACUUUGGACAGAUAUGACAUCUCUGUAAAGCCUGCAAACCGAAUUCUGACAAUGGGCAGAGCUGUAAUGCUAAUGAUAUCCAUUUGGAUUUUUUCGUUUUUCUCCUUCCUGAUUCCCUUUAUUGAGGUAAAUUUUUUCAGCCUUCAAAGUGGAAAUACGUGGGAAAACAAGACACUUCUGUGUGUCAGUACGAAUGAAUACUACACUGAACUGGGAAUGUAUUAUCACCUGCUAGUACAGAUCCCAAUAUUCUUUUUCACUGUCAUAGUAAUGUUAAUCACAUACACCAAAAUACUUCAGGCCCUCAAUAUUCGAAUAGGCACAAGAUUCUCAACAGGGCAGAAGAAAGCAAGAAAGAAAAAGACGAUUUCUCUAACCACACAACACGAGACUACAGACAUGUCACAAGGCAGUGGUGGGAGAAAUGUAGUCUUUGGUGUUAGAACUUCAGUCUCUGUAAUAAUUGCCCUCCGGCGAGCUAUGAAACGACACCGUGAACGACGAGAAAGGCAAAAGAGAGUCUUCAAAAUGUCUUUAUUGAUCAUUUCUACAUUUCUUCUCUGCUGGACACCAAUUUCUGUUUUAAAUACCACCAUUUUAUGUUUAGGCCCAAGUGACCUUUUAGUAAAAUUAAGGUUGUGUUUUCUAGUCAUGGGCUAUGGAACAACUAUAUUUCAUCCUCUAUUAUAUGCAUUUACUAGACAAAAAUUUCAAAAGGUCUUGAAAAGUAAAAUGAAAAAGCGAGUUGUUUCCAUAGUAGAAGCUGAUCCCAUGCCUAAUAAUGCUGUAAUACACAACUCUUGGAUAGAUCCUAAAAGAAACAAAAAAAUUACCUUUGAAAAUAGUGAAAUAAGAGGAAAAUGUUUAGUACCUCAGGUUGUCACAGACUAG